AUGCUACAAAGCUGCAGCGCCACCCUUACCUCUGUGAACCUGGACUGGCUGCUGACCGUCGAGCGACCCUUCAACCAUCCGGCCGUCGCCGUCAAUCGUGCCUUGUUCUACCGGGACUUCUUCCGUUUGCGUUUCCCGCAUCUCCGGGCCUUACAAUUCCGCAACGCAAUCGCCGCCGAUACGCUCCUCCCCCAAGGACUCUACCUCUUCGACCGCUGGAGAACCAGUCUGAGCGGCAUGCAUCCUCAUCCCGAUUCCGGGGGCAUCAUCGAGGAAUUGGAUGAUCACAUUGGAUUACUGUUCUUGGAGGCUCAUUCGAGAUUGCAAUGUUUGGGUUGGCCCUUGCAGCAGUUCUUUUCUUCUUCGGUCGACCCUACGACGAAGGCGCGAGUGGAUGCGGUCAUUGCCAAUCUGGCGAGGGCGUUGACGGAUUUGAGGGUCGAUGCGAUGUAUGACUAUCACGGCGAUUCCGCAUCGAUCGAACAAGAUCGGCGAGGGCAAGCCGAUAUCAUUUCCUGCCGCCGAUUCGUCGCCGAGUUCGCCAGCCAAAUGACACAAAUAUCCAGCAUCAAGAUCGAAGGCGGCAUCCCGCGCGAUGUCCGCCGGGAAAUCCUGCGUGCCUUACAUGCCAGCCCUGUUCAAAAAGUCGUCCUGAUCGGCAGCUCGCACCCCCUCGGCAAUACAUGGGGUGAAAACGGCGAGGACAUCGAAGAUCCCCGAAUCGUCGACGACCUGAACGACAUCAUGGGCCUCGAAGGCGAAGAUACCCCCCUCUUCCGGAGAUACACCACCAUGGAGCUACCGAAACCAUCACAUUCAAACACAGCCGCCUACCCCACGCCUGUCUACGGCUGGUCCAACCAGCCACCUUUACUCUACACCCUCGCGUCACACCACAGCAGCACCGUCACGGAACUCAAGUUCUGCGGCUACCGCGGCGCACCCAUCCUCCUCGCGCCGACGCCCUCGACCCCGGAUUUCUUCUCCGCGCUACGCUUCUUCCACAAUCUCCGGGCCCUGACGUCCUCGUUCUGGCUGCAUACACUCUUCGAAGAUCACGCGAACAACGACGACGACGUCCUCGCCUAUUGGCGGAACAUGCGGGAUCCGAAUUCCACAGCGCUGGUCUGUGUCCCGUCUGGUGCGGACGAUGACGGCGAGGCCUUGUCCGGCUGGGCGAGGGAGUUGGAGAUGAAAUUCAAACCUGAGGCGCUGGCGAGGAGGGUUUUGGGGUUUUUGGCGCCGCUCUUGAGCGAGGAGGCCAAGGGUAGAGAGGGCGGGGUGCUUGUCCGAGCGAGCUUUUCGCUGGGAGCGGAGGUCGGCGGGAUUUUCGAUUUGGAUUUUCGGAUCGGGAAGAAGGGCGGGAGGACGUUCUCUGGUGCUGGUGAGGAUGUUUUGUUGGGGUUUGUGGGGCCGAGGGCGGAGGUUGAGAGUGAGAGGAGGAUCGGGAAGGAGAUGAGUAGGAGGUGGUUCUGGUGA